AUGCUUAAUUGUUUAAAGCACAAGACAAGGGGAGAAUGGAUAAGAGAAUUGACAACCAUGAGCCUGUUUGGUCAUCUUCCUCCUCCACUCUCCAAACCAUUUUCAACCUUUCCUCCUCACAUUCAAAUCCCACAAAAUUCCAACCCAAAACCCAUUCUCCUAUCCAGGUUUGUAGUGUCUUUAGCCCUCACCGUAUCCUUAAACGCUCCACUACCUUCCUCCGCCAUCCCUUCUCUCAAUUCUAAGCAGCUCCCUUUCACCACCACUCCUUUCUCUGAAUCCAAGUUCUUGCAGACUGGGCUUGAAGAUGGGAAAAUUAGGCCUUGCCCAUCAACCAAUCCCGGUUGUGUGUCUACAAAUGCGAAAUCAUCAUCUUAUGCUUUCCCAUGGACGAUUCCUGAGAAUGCUAUAGGGAAUGCAGUUCAGAGAUUGCAAGAAGCAAUCCUGGAAACACAGAAGAAUGCCAAGAUUCAAGUGGUUGAAGGUACCCCAAAUGGACAAUAUCUACAAGCUGAGGUUGAUGGAGGGUUUGGGCAGGAUGUGCUUGAGUUUAUGGUUAAAGGAGAUGCAGUUACUUACAGGGCUAUGGCCACAAAAGUAACUUAUGUUUAUCCCUUCACAACAGCAAUAGGGGAUUCAAAAGGGCAACAAGAGAGAAUGAAGAAGAUCGUGGACUAUUUAGGAUCUAUUCCUUCCUAACUUUCAACCUCAACUCAAUGGUUUACUUCAAGGUCUUCAAAGAAGAAUGUUAUAUUUCUAUUUCAUUUUGCAAUUAAGGAGUGUCACCUCAACUACCUUGUUAAUGGACAUAGUUGAUAAUCAUUUUAGAUGCUACUUUGUUUAUUUUUCAUGGUGAAAUUCUUUCAUGAUAAAUCCAUCUUUGUAAA